GAUCUUCCUCAUGGAGGUCACUUGUCACAUGGAUUUAUGACUCCUAAAAGACGGGUAUCUGGGACUUCGAUUUAUUUUGAAUCGAUGCCCUACCGUCUUGAUGAAUCAACAGGCCUUAUUGAUUAUGAUAUGCUUGAGAAAACUGCCACCCUCUUUCGACCAAAACUCAUCAUUGUUGGUGCUAGUGCUUAUCCUCGUGAUUUCGAUUAUCCUCGAAUGAGAAAGAUUGCAGAUUCUGUUGGGGCUUUUCUCAUGAUGGAUAUGGCUCACAUAAGUGGUCUCGUUACUGCAUCUGUACCUGGAAGCAGUUUAUCAAUUGGAAUUCCAUCAAUGGAGAUUGGUGAUAAGAAGAAUAAGAACAUAAUCUACUCAUCUUCCUCUUCUUAUUCAACUGUUACCACUAGUAACAAAAUUGGGUUUGAUGAUAAUGUUAAAGAAACAGAGCUUAGACUCGGUUUGCCUGGUUCUAAAUCUGAUCACCAGGAGUUGAUGGGGUUUCUUCAUUUUUAA